AUGGCGGGUCGAAAUCUUGGUCUUCGGAGACGUAGCGUUCCGGGGACUCCGCUGCCGCCGCGUGGGCAGAAACCUGCCACACCUCGACAGGAUCUCCUCGCCAGGGAGGAAGAAUAUAAGCGUUUAAAUGCAGAAUUGGAGGCAAAAACAGCUGACCUGGUUCGACAAGCUGAGGAAGUAAUAAGAGAUCAGCAAGAGGUACGAGCCAGGUCUUUUUCAACACAAAAUAAAUCAUAUGAAGAGAAAGAUGAUUUUAAUACAAGAGGUCUAUUAUCGUCUGAAGAAAUAGUUCAUCUACAUUCAGAAAGUAAGCCAAAGACCAAAAAUAUUGGUUCUGUAAACAAAGUUCAAAACAAACUGCACUCUGCAAAUAAAGGAAUUAAAACAAAUUCAAGUGUUAAAUUGAAAUACUCGGAUAUACAAAUUGCUGAUGAUGUUGCCAUUCCAGAGGAUUUCUCAGACUUUUCUCUUUCGAAAACCAUUAGCAAAAUUGAAGGGCAACUGGAGGAAGAGGGCUUACCUGAAGAUGAUGACAUUUUCUCCGGUGUGAGUAAAGACAUUGGAACAGAGGCACAGAUCAGAUUUCUAAAAGCCAAACUCCAUGUUAUGCAGGAGGAAUUGGAUAAUGUUGUUUGUGAAUGCAAUAAAAAGGAAGAUGAAUUGCAGGAUUUAAAGUCUCAAGUAAAAAACCUUGAAGAAGAUUGUGUGAGACAGCAACGAACAAUUAAUAUGCAACAUUCCCAAAUAGAAAAAUAUAAAAAUCUUUUUGAAGAAGCAAAUAAAAAAUGUGAUGGAUUAGAACAACAGUUGACUUUAAUAGAAAGGGAAUUAGAAAAUAAAAGACGACUACAAAAACAGGCUGCCUCUACCCAAAGCACCACAGAAGUCCGCUUGAAUAGAGCCCUAGAAGAAGCAGAAAAGUAUAAACUGGAGUUAAGUAAAUUAAGACAAAACAACAAGGAUAUAGCAAAUGAAGAACACAAAAAAAUUGAAAUGUUAAAAUCAGAAAACAAGAAGCUAGAAAAACAAAAAGGAGAAUUAAUAAUAGGGUUUAAGAAACAAUUAAAAUUAAUUGAUGUUUUAAAAAGGCAGAAGAUGCACAUUGAAGCUGCCAAGAUGCUCUCUUUCACUGAAGAAGAAUUUAUGAAGGCACUUGAAUGGGGCAAUUCAUGAAUGAUCUACUUCAAUUAGUCUCUAUAACUUAAAAAGUUAAAACUUUUUAGUUUCACAAAAAUCUUCAAAGAUUUCCUAAUUAGAU